UUGAUUUUAUUUAAUUUUCACAAUUUGAAAAUCCUUUUACACUUUACAAAUAUUUUAUCUAAUCCGUGCAUCGAGAUCUUUAUUAUAGCAUAAAUUACGAAAAACAUGUUGAACAGUCUUAGAACUUAAAAACUGCAGUGGCAUUAUAAAAAUGUUGAUUUAUUUAGCAAAAAAAUUGUUAUUCAAUACUUUAAGAUAAUGCUGCAAGUUUUUUUCGUUUCAUUGAACUUUCAUAGAUACUACUUCCGCCCCCCUCCUUCAGUAUUCUUAUAUUAUACCUUACAAUAAUUCGACAAAAUUCUGUCUGAAGUGAAAAGUUUUCGUUCUUCGUCUACUUGACGAAAAGCUGCAUAAAUAGCAGGUGAAAGUUUGUAUAUACGCAAAAAGCAAAAGCUGAGUCAGAUUGCUUUACUUCGAUAUCGCGCUAUCUAAUUGUGGAGAUUACUCGUCAUAAGUUUAAACGUAUAGUAUACAAAUACAUACAAUCACGCAUCGAUAUUUGAUUUAACUUAGCCGCGCCCAUGUUUGAUUACCAGUAUUCUUAUUUUUGUUACCAUCAAAAAAUAUAAAAUCACAAAACUCGUCUAUUUCAAACAUAGUUAUUUCAAAUGAAUGUGAUUCAACAAUAUACAAACUAUCGAUGAAUUCGCACAAGAAAAAGUGAAUAAAUAAAGAAAUAUUGUCGAUUCCACAUUCAAUGCGCCGAUUACGAUCAGCGCAAAGAAAUUUAUGCAAAUCUCAAUCACCGCCACCCGCAUUAUCUCCUUUAAAGGGUAUAGAUGGCGUUUCGCAUUUCGCGGGCAAAUUAUCACGUAUGUAUAUGCAGCAGCCGGGCAGACGACAAAAAUACCAUUGCUCGUAUAUUUAUAUAUCGUUGAAAAUGCACAUGCUAAACUCUCAGUUGUUAAUAAAUAUUAGUUCUCUCAUCAUACCUAAACGUAACCAGUCGACGGUCAAUGAAACGCGAAUGUCGUAACGAAUCGAAAAAAAAAAUUAUGAAACUGUCCAUUUAUUAACAUGAGGUAUAAGCGAUACGGUAGCGACCUUAUAUGGCAACGAUCAUUCCCGUGAGUGAGGAAAGGAGAGGCUCCACAGCCGCGACAGUCGUCCAGGCUCAAGUGCGUCGGCCGCUUGCAGACAACUCCCGCGCGGACGCAGAGAAGAGCUUAGAGCUUGUGAUAUUUAUAAAAUAUAAGUCAUGAUUUUGAGGCGUUUGCCAGUUUUUUCAAAGUGAUACCGCGCUCUUGCGUUUAUGGCCGCUGGAUCUUCAAAUAAAUCGCCUUAAAGUCCGUUUUACAGAGUACAAUCAAUUUGACCUUGCAGUGUUAGUCUCUACCUUCUUUUUAAUCCACACAAUCAUCAUGCCGGGAAAACAAUUCAGCUUUUUCUACAUAAUUGCCUUAGUGCUAAGUCACAAGCAUGUAUUUACGUUCAACGUCGAGGUGGAGGAUUAUGCAGUAUAUCAAGGUGACUCUAAUUCGAUGUUUGGCUAUGCUGUUGCUGAAUAUCGUGAUCAACACGGACGUGGUUGGGUCAUAGUUGGUGCACCAUUAAAUCAAACAAGACAAUUAAAUAUUGAUAAAGGUGGUUCAGUGUUUAGAUGUGAUAUUGCAGAAGACAAUAGGUGUUUUCCCAUUGAAUUUGACAAGAAGGGUGUGGACUAUGUAAGAUCCCACAAAUAUGCCAGUGGUAUAGAGCCCAUAGAUGAAAAGUCAGGUCAAUGGUUUGGAGCAACAAUUGCAGCGUCAACUGAAGCUGGAGGCCCAUUAUUGGCAUGUGCUCCAAAAUAUCAUUGGUUUGGCUACAUUAAGGCUAACUGGACAGUUGCUGGUUUCAAGGAUGUUGUAGGUGCAUGCUGGCUUACCACUUUGGGAAAUGACGUAUCUACUGAAUAUUCGCCAUGUCGUAACAAUGAAACUGCAGGCCAUCAUCGUCAAGGUAUGUGUCAAGCAGGUUCAGCUGCUGCCAUUACCAAAGAUGGCAAGAGGUUAUUUAUUGGAGCACCAGGAAGUUGGUAUUGGCAAGGUCAGUUAUUUACAGUAGAGAGCAACGUAACUUUACCUUUCACACCUGCUGGUAGUGGACGUACUCCUUAUGAGCAACCUCGCUUACUGGCAACAAAAGAAGGCCCUGCUUACGAAGAUAAUAGCUAUCUUGGUUACUCUGUGGCAGUGGGAGAUUUUCUUGGCAAUAAAGACAGUGGUGUUGCUGUUGGCGUACCUCGUGGAGCAGAUCUUAAUGGAAAAGUUUUGAUGUUCUCUUCCCAAUUGUACAAUCACCAAAAUAUCACUGGUGAACAGAUGGGUUCAUAUUUUGGCUAUGCAUUAGCUGUUGCUGAUAUUGAUGCUGAUGGUUUGGACGAUAUUAUUAUCUCUGCUCCUUUUUACACUCCACCAGAUUUAGCUGGAGUGAAAAUAGAAACUGGAAGAAUAUAUGUUUUCUAUCAAAAAGCUGAUCCAAUCAAGUUCUCAAAAUUCCAUACUAGAGAUGGUCAAAGCAAUAGAGGACAAUUUGGUCUGUCACUUGCCUCUUUAGGUGACAUUGAUGCAGAUGGAUUUGGUGAUUUUGUCGUUGGUGAGCCUUAUGGAGGAGAUGAGAAUCGUGGUGCUGUCUACAUUUAUCGAGGAUCUCCAGAAGGUGUUGAAGAAAAAUACUCUCAAGUAAUAUACUCAGAAAAUUUGGAGCAACCAGUACGUACGUUUGGUUGGUCUGUCGCUGGAGGACUAGAUUUAGACAGAAAUGAGUACACUGAUCUUGUUGUUGGCGCUUAUGAGUCGAAUGCAGCUUUUUAUUUCCGUGCCAGGCCUGUUAUUGAGAUGACAGCUGCUUUGGUAUUUUCUCGAAAUUUGAUCUCAUUGACUACGCAUAAUUGCCUUCUGUCCGACGGUUUUCCAGCAGCUUGCGCUGAUUUUAAGGUUUGUUACAUGUAUGUGGGCAAAGGUGCAUGGCCAAGACACGAAUUUAACGUAACGAUCACAUUGGAUGCCAAGAAGAAGAAAAGUCCACGCAUGUUCUUUCUUGAUUAUGAGACUACGAGCGUGUUGACUUAUCCAGUUACGUUGUCGUCUGGUCUGCAAAAUUGUCGACAAUUCCGAGCCUAUCUUGCAAAACAAGUGCGUGACAAAUUGACACCAUUGGAAGCUGAAAUGCACAUCGAAUUGCAGAAUAAUUCCACGAGGGCUGCAAAUCAUUGGAAAACUCGUAGUCCAAAAAGUAAAUUGCAAGCGGUGUUAAGCCCGAAAAAUACAAAGCAAACGGGUUCCCUCAACAUUCAGAAAAAUUGUGGGCCAGAUAAUAUUUGCAUACCAGAUCUGUCGGUGAGAAUCAAAAGACAUCCUGGCGAGUACGUACUAAAUUCAGGACACGCUCUCGAUUUGGACGUGAACAUUCAAAAUAACGGUGAGGAUGCCUUUGAAGCUUCUUAUUAUUUAUUCUUACCCAAAGGUAUAGAUUACGUCAACGUUGAAAAUUCAAACUACUCCAAGGAAUUGAUUGUACAAUGUACGGCUCCAAAAGACAGUAAUAACAAUACUUUACGUUGUGACAUCGGCAAUCCACUGCCAGCAAAUAAAAAUCUCGAUUUUAAAAUUCGCCUUCAGCCAGUUUUAUUCCACGGCAUGAAGCCGAACUUCGAACUGAACAUGAAAGUCAAUUCAUCCAACAACGAGCGGCCUAAUAGCAUUAUGGAUAAUAUUUACAGAAUCAAUGUGCCUGUGCGUGUCAACACCGUUUUGAAAUUGUACGGUGAAAGUAAGCCUAAGGAAAUUGAUUUCAACUGGGCCAAGUAUGUAAAUACUGACUUUUCCAAAUUGAAUAAUUUAGAGAAGAGUCCACUCGUUAUGCAUAAUUACACGAUUCGCAACAGUGGACCGUCCGCUAUUUUGCGUACUGCUGUCAAUCUUACUUGGUCAGCCGAGACGUUAGCAGGCGACAUUUUGCUUUAUUUGUUCGAGCAGCCAGAAGUCACAGAAGGCAAAGUUGUAUGUGAUUCAGCUAAUGCAGACUUUUUGAGUAUUAAGCAGAAGCUGAAAGACCGUCUUCUUUCGCCGCAAGAAUUCAAUAGUAACGACAAAUUGCGCAACAAAAGGCAAGCAUAUAGUCGUGAAAGCUCGCAUAGUCCAUUUUGCGAAGGUACGAGGUGUGUCCAUUUGACAUGUAAAGUCGGACAGUUGCAGCAGAACGAAGAAGUAUUCAUUGCUAUGAAGUUCUUGGUCAACAUGACGACCUUGUCGAAUAUAACUAAAGAGAGACUGCAGCUUUCCUCAUUUAUGAAUGCAACGGUCACUUCACAGCCGUUUAUCGGCGAGCCGAUAGAAAAAGUCCGAGAAUCUGUUGAAAUUGGCACUACAGUUCAACCUUUGAUUCCACCACCAAAGCCUGACGUCAUUGAUCUUUGGAUAGUUAUACUGGCUGCCUGUGCUGGAAUGGCUAUUUUGUUACUUCUGAUGUUUUUGCUGUAUAAGUGUGGCUUCUUCAAGAGGAAUCGACCUACACCUGUACAUCACGACAAACAACCACUUAGUUCAAGGCCAUUUUUGAGAGAAGAAUACUGAAAAGGAUGUGAAUCUUAAACGUUGACAGAAUACUCAUUGAACUAUUUUAGAGGUGCCUUUAAUCCGAACUAACGAAGAUAAGCGUCUGACUUCGUUACUCGAAUGAAUCGUUACUCUGAGAAAAUUUGUUUUACUUAGAUAUUUUCGAUAACACUAAACGAUUUCUUCUCAGAAUUUCACGUAGACAACACCGAAAAGGGUACAAUUUCUAGAAUGUACCACGGUUGUUUUUUAGAAUUUUUAUGGAGAACUUUAGAGUCUCGAAAUAUAGAGUAAUCGAUUAUUAAUCAAUUUGCAAUUCUUACCUUAGUGUAUUCUUAAUACCAAAAAUUAUUAAUUCAAUAUCGACUAGAAUUUUAUGACACAAAGUAUUUGAGUUGAAUUUAUGAUGUAUUAACUUAUUGAUAAAUUUUAUAAGAAAUAAAUUUUUUAUUGUUAUUUAACUAAAAUAAUUCGAAGUUAAAAUUAUUUGUAACACAGAAUCUCUUAAUAUACUUAAUUAUUCAUAUAUAUAUAUAUGUGUGCGUGUGGGUGUGUGUGUUGUAUAAGACUUAUGUAAAAUA